UCGGGAAAGGCACACGCUUGUCCGAAUUCGAAAUUCGAACAUGGACUCGCGCGGAAACCUGCCAGUAUUAUAAAAAAAAACUUUAUGUUCGGAAACGUGACUCGUGCGGUCCAUUUUCACAUCUAAACCGGAACUCAUGUGUCGAUAAAAGCAAAGACAAUAAUAACAUUGGGAUCGUUUAGCGACUCUCCGUUUGCGUUUUCAGUUAUGUCGCGCCUGUAAAUUUUAGACGCAAGGUUGUUUUCAGUGAAAGUGACUGUAGUGUGACAUUUUGAAAUCGAUAGUUUAAGUAAUUGGACGACCACGUUCGCAUUGUGUGAACAGAAUUAUUGACUUGAAAAAUUUGCAGUGAAGUGAAUGUGGGAUUUUGUUGUUCGCUGAAUUUCUCUGAAAUUCCACCAAAGACCGAAGAUGAACCAAAAGUGCAAAGUGUGCGGCGAGCCGGCGGCGGGCUUCCACUUCGGAGCCUUCACGUGUGAGGGCUGCAAGUCGUUCUUCGGCCGCUCCUACAACAACUUGAACUCGAUCACCGAGUGCAAAAACAACGGAGAAUGCGUCAUCAACAAGAAGAACCGGACGGCGUGCAAGGCGUGCCGCCUGCGCAAGUGCCUCAUGGUGGGCAUGUCCAAGUCGGGGUCGCGCUACGGCCGCCGCUCCAACUGGUUCAAGAUCCACUGCCUCCUGCAGGAGCAGCAGCAGCAGGCGCAGCGCUCCCCCCCGCGCGUGCCGCCCUCCCCGCACCUCGCGCCGCCCUUCCCCCCGCACCUGUUCCCCGGCCUCGCCCGCCCGAGGUCUAAAGAAGAACUCGCGCUCCUCGGCCUCGACGACUACAAGUCCACCUGCGCCGGCUCCCCCGACUCGCACCGCAGCAACUCCUCGCCUAAACUACAUGAGGAGAAGAGCCGCAUCUCGUCGAGGCCCCCGGACCGGCCGCUCACCCCCCCGCGCGAGGCGUAUGUCCCGCUGCAGCUCUCCAACCUCGCCUCCUUGCCGCACUUCCCGCACUCGCCCUUCCUCCCGCCCCCUCCCUUCAGCCCCUUCGCCCCCAACCACCCCCUACUAUUCCCCGGAGGCUUCCACCCGGCGCUAUAUCACAGGAAUCUGCUAGAGCACGCGGCGUUUCGCGAGAACAACAACGACGUCAGAAUAGACGAUCACAACGCUGACUCGAAGCGUUUCUUCUUGGAUGAGGUGCUGAAGUCGCAGCAGAGGAGUCAGGUGGCGAUUGCGGCUCGGUCGCCGGUGUCGCCGAGGUCUCCUAGAUCUCCUAGAUCUCCUAGAUCUCCUAGAGAGGAGGACGGUGUAUCGGAGCGCGAGUUCGUGCCGACGCCGCCGGCGGAGCGCAGGGCGUCGGCGUCGCCGUUGCAGGAGAACCCCAUGGAUCUGUCGGUGCGGUCGGACGGGCGCUCCAGCGCGGGCCGGCGGCGGUCGGACGACAGCGACGCGGCGCCCGACGACGACUCCGCCAGCCACGCCGCCUCCAGCGAGGAUGAAGAUGUCGCAUUCACACAGAUCAAGCGGAUCAAACUACACCCCCUCGACCUCACCACCAAAGUCUGACGAGAGAACCUCCUGCGGUGCAACUUUUAAUUAAACACUCGUUGUUUUUACGGCGUACUUAGUAUUCUGUGUCAGUGAAAAAAGUAAAAUUAAGGGCCAGUAAAUCGGAUUGUGAUCAUUAAAAUAAGUAGUGACAGAAAGACAUUGAGAUUUGUUUUGCGCUUUGUUAUCGCUUGAUUUAAAAGAGUCUAUCCAAAUACGUACAUUAAGUAGUUUUAGUUAAGUUAAAGAAAUUUUAUUCGGUACUUAAAGUAACCCGGUUGCAGGAUGUACAAAUCAUUGUAAAUACUAAAUUAUUAUGUACUUUAAAGACUUAGGUUAGGUUUAGUUAGUGAUUUCAAUUUAAUGAGGUACAGCCGGGUGUUAACAACAUUCCCUCUAGAGAAGAAUUAUUUGUAUUUUUGUAUAAUUUGAAUUAAUAUAACUUAUUGCUGUAAGUAGAAAAUGAAUGUUUUGUUUGUGAUUGUGGUGUUCAUUUCGAGUGCGUUUUUGUUACUUUCAUUUUGUAUUAGGUAUUUAAUUACAAUUAUUAUUUUACGUACAUCAUUACUUCUGUUUUUCACAUUCUAUAUUUUAAGGAGAAUGCAAGGUAUAUUGAAAUUCACAACCUGACUGUAAGUAAAUAAAUAAAUAUACUCGAAUGUAAAUAAUAUUUUUGAUAGAUAUUGCUCAAUUUUUCCUCAGAUAUUGUCCUAUACUCAGAAAUAAAAAACCUUAUAGUCAAAUUAAAUAUACUCAAAUAUUGUUUUUGUGGUGAAAUACCUAUAGAUACUUUUGUAAAUAUAACUAUUUUAGUUAGCGUGUUUGUAUCAGUGCCAGUUUUGUCUACAAAGAUAUUUGUCAAACUGAAAUGUGUAAAGUGUUCAAAUAUUUUUAUAAAUAAUUACUUACUGUUUGACAAAUUUGUUUGGCUGGAAAAUAUUUACGAAUGCAGUGUGUACUAAAUACAUUCCACGGAUGCGUACAAAAUAAAAUAUUUAUGCACUCGAA